ACACUUUUUUCUGUUGCGUCAGAAGAACAAGGAAGAGAAGGGUGUGGACGCAUUUUCACCGCGCUGCGAGCUAACAGUCGACAUUUUGUGUGUAAUGACGGUCGGAAUUAUUUCUGUCCUUUGCUGAUCAGUGGACAUGGAGAAACAGUCUGGGUUUUGGUUCCUGACAGUGGGGCUUCUGGCGGUGCUGAACUCUGCUCUGGCCGAAGUUAGAUACGUUGCGGUUGGUGGUAACGUAGACCUGAGGCCUCCUUUCACUGGAGUUAUCACCAACAUCCUGUGGAAACACAAUGGUAAUCUGCUGGCAGAGUGGGCGAAGGGUGAAGCUGAUUUGACUUACUUCAUCCCGUUUCAAGGCCACACAACCCUGGACAUAACCAGUGGACGUUUGGAAGUCAGAAACAUGAAUAUCACUCACACAGGUCUGUACACAGUGGACAUCAACAACAAGGUCCAGGAUCAGCGUUAUGAUGUUAAAGUGAUAGAGGAAGUUCCCAAACCUUCCAUAAUCAUCAAACCACUGACAUGUUCCUCUGCUUCUACCAACUGCACGCUGACCUGUGGUGAAGAAACUAAAAAGGCUGAACCUGUCACCUACAGCUGGAAGAGGGACAACGAGGAAUGGCUGCAGUCGAUGAAGGAGAAGGACAUGCUCAUCAUCAAGACUGAGAUAGCAUAUGUUAAAACAUUCACCUGCCGGAUGAAGAACCCAGUCAGUGAGAAAGAAAGUGAACCCAAAGACAAUCCGUUGUUCUCAGAGAAGGAGCCUGAUGACCCUAACAGUGGUUCGGUUGCGAUUAUCGUCUCUGUCAUUGUAACCUUGGUAGUAGUGGCGGCUGGGGCUGUGGCAUAUUUCAAGCGAGCCACAAUCAUGAAGUUAUACAAUCGAUUUCGAAGUGGAAACGUUACUCAGUCUGGAAAUGGAAAUCCGCCUGCUGACAAUCCAAACUCAGGGACUGAAGCGGGAAAUACCGACGCCCUCCUACACAAAAAGCCUGAUGGGGAUGCUAACCCUGCAUGAACUUGUGGAACUUUUGUCUCCUGAGAACAGGAUCAGAUCUGCACUCUGGUGCCCCUGUCCACAGCUACUUCUGUCCAUUUUUUUAAUGUUUUUUAGCAUUCAGCUGUGUACAUCAUGGACUGUUACUUGCAGCAGAGAAUGUCCUCGAGGAACAGUAGAGUUGGUGUGUAGGUUAUAACUAAUGGGACUGAGUGGUAUGGAUACUUCAGGUGAAAAGGGAGGCUGGAUGGAUGGACAGAUCUUUUUAUUGCAUUGUACAGCAAAACAACCUGCCUUUUAUUGUCCUUUCAGCAUUUGAUUUCACAGUAUUACACCAAUCCUAUAUAUGCAAUAUGCCAACCAUGUAGAAUAUGAAAUUGCUGCCCACCUAUUUAAAAAAAUAACAUAAAUAAAUUGAAUGUGUGUGUAUACAGUUUCCCACGUAAUCUUGUGUUGAUGGGCUAGAUGAAGUACUGAUCACAGAGAAAAAAUGCUUAACUUGAGAAGACAACAUUGGCACUCUGCUCUUAAUGUUUUUAUUUUGCUUCAGCUACAAAGUGGUGAAGAGCCAGAUUAAUGAAAUGUGUAUAUACAAUAUAAACAUGCUUUUCUUUUUACUGAUGUAUUUAAGUGCAUGUUUGGCUGUGUCAGCAUUUUGAAUGUCUCUGUAUGUGAUGAGCAAUCUCGGAUCAGUGUACUCAAAGUUAUUUGGUAUCAUAUUUUUGUACAUUGGCUGGUGUGAUCGUGUGGUUUCUGUCAUAUAGUCUUCCUGUUUAGUUCAGAUAGAGAUACGUAUUCAUGCCACUAUUUUUAAUUUAUUUUAAAUAGAAUUUCAAAGUGCUGACUGGCGUAUGAUUUGUUUUUACAAAGUGCCUUUUAAAUAAACCGACCCGCCACUAAA